GCGCCCAGGCCCAGCGGCCGGCACGCAACGCAGCCUCCUUCACGAAACGGCCGGAAAAAUCCUAUAAGACGACGCGCGCCCCCUCCUCCCCCCGCCGUCGUAGCGCCCUUCUCCUACACAGAAUCGCCGCCGACUCCGGCCAAACAACCGCCGCCACACACGGCCCCCAAAUCUUUUCCUCUCCACAGGCCGGAAUGAAGCUAUAGCUCGUCGAGUCGUCGCCGGCCGCUAUACCAAAGGAAGCCAAGGAAAAACACUCCUCUUUCUCUCCCUCCCUUCCCUUCCCUUCCGUUCCAUUCGAUCCCAUAUCCAAGAACCAAAGCUGAGAUCCGCUCGAGGAGGAUGGUGGCGCCGGUGGUGAUCGCGUCGGCGGGGCUGGGCAUGCUGGCGGGCCUGGCGAUGGCGAACCGGUCGCUGGGGGACGGGCUCCCGGCGGCGUCCAGGUGGGACGCGCGCCCGCGCUGCGCCACGUGCGGCGGCUCCGGCCGGGUCGAGUGCCUGUGCAACCGCUGGUCCGACGGCGACUCCGGCUGCCGGACCUGCGCCGGCUCGGGCAGGAUGCCCUGCCGCAGCUGCGGCGGGUCCGGCACGGGCAGGCCGCUCCCCGCGCGGCUCACCGUCCAGCACCACAAGCCGCCGCCGCCGGCCGGCUACAACUGACGCUCGUCGAUCGAUUGAUUAGGUAUACAUGUCCAUAUCCAUGGAUCGAUGAUUAUAGCUCGCUCGUUCUUUGCGCUCGAGGCGCGCGCAAGCGAGAAACUCCCCUAGCUAGUAUGGAAAUAUACGUCCAUUCGAUCGUGUGGAUGAGAUGUUGUAUAUGUGUCGUCUCUGCUUCAUCAAGACUUGUAGUGAUUGAGCCUACUUGUGUUGGUGUUGUUCGUAAUUUCCAAACUGCGCAACACAAGAAGCUAAGGAAGAAGAAAGGAAAAAAAAAGUUUGGAGAUCUACCCGAGAACGAACAUGCAUGAUUGAGAGUAGACAGAAAGCAAGAGAUGAAGAACACAGUUUUGCUGGCAAGUUGUAGUUACGGUGGUGGAUGUAAUAUGUAUAUGCUUGGAUCAUUCGUUAAUAUAUGCGCGCACAUACACAUGAUUUACAGACCGAGA